CAUCUUUUUAAAUUGUUUCCCAUCACAUUCGGUUUCAACUUUUCUUCCACUCUUCUUCACUCCACCACAACAUGAAUAGAAAUGGAUUCAGAGAAGAAAAGUCAUUCUGCUAUUUCCACCCCAAACAGCUCCUUAUUGGGGUGUGUCCCUUGUGCUUGAACGAGAGGCUCCUCAUAGUGGCUGCAAAACAAGGUCGCCACCACCACAACCGUUCUUCUUCCUCCCACAGCCUUCAAACUUCAAAACCAUCUUCUUCUAUUCACAAGAUCUUUGCUUUCGGUUCUCUCUUCACUCGCCAUGAAUCCCACCACUGCAAAUCUCACAACUAUGACUAUGAUGAUGUCUCUCCCAGUCCAGAAGAGUCAUUCAUCUCAAUCAAGUUUGAAGAGAAUGGGGUGGCAUCGUGGGAAAAGAGCACAGUGUCCCUAGAGAAGUGCAACAAGAAGAAGAUGUUGUGGAAGCAUGAGAAGGACAAGAGCAGGAGCGUGAUAGAGCAUGGGAAGUCACGUGACUUGCUUAGGUGGCGGAGGAGGAUAGGGCACAUGUUCCAGCUCAUUCGGUGGAAGAAGGGUGGUGGUGUGUGCCACGUGGGCACCAAGGUGAGAAAGGGUUGGAUGAGGACUCUGACAAAGAGGAAAACGACCAUGGAAUAAAGGAACACCAUUUGCAUUUGUGCCUUUGGUCCUUACUUUGCAGUGUGCACUGUAAAGUUAUAUCAUAUUCAUACACAUCCUAGAGUCAAACAUUAGCUUUGUUACUAUCUCAAAAAUGUGCUUUAGAUUACAACAAAAGAAAAAGGCUAGCUAGUGCUUUGCAAUUUGCAUGCUUUGGGGCUUUGGGGAUGCCUUCUUCUUGUAAUUUUUAUUUUUUAUAGUACAGGCUGUAAAAGGGUUUGUUGAAAUUGCUUUGUUUUUUAGAUUUAUAUUAUUAUAUAUACUUAAUUAAAUAAGAUGAAGAAUUGAGUAUUCUCUAUA